AUGAAGACCCCAAGCGUCCUCUCCGGCCUGGCGCUCCUGGCCGUGCACCUCGUCAUCUCGCCGCGGAAGCGCCUCCUCUCCUCCGCCGACGACCUCGAUCUGCACCACGCAGCAGGCGACGGGGACCAUUCCGGCCACUCGGACUCAGGCCACACUCCCGUGUUCCGGCAUGUGCACGAGGCGCCCCUCCUCUCGGUCCUGGGCGGCAUCGGUCUCGUGUUGUUGGGCUACUGUGCCGCCCAACUGAUCUCAACGUUCCGCUCGAACCAGCAAAAGCAGGCGAAUGGGUUUGCCCGACUGCGGGAGAAGGAAGCCAAGCAGGAAGAAGAGGACAGGGGAUGGCUCCGUGAGGCGGCGAGGUUGGCUCGGCUCGCGCUGCUGGUCCUCUGUGUCCGGAAUGUAGGGCCGGUGCGUACUGGAGUUCUCUUGCUCGCGCGCGGGAUUCUGGGGCGAGAUUACGGCCUUGCGCUUGCUGUCGGCGCCGUGGCUCUGAGCCAGGUACAGCGCGAGUCGAGGCUGGUCGGCUGUCUCGCGCUAGCCGGCGUGUCGGCGGCGGAAUCCCUGCUCCCUCGCUCUGGGAGCCGUCUCCCCGUCCUCUGUGCCGGCGCGGGCCUCGGGCUGCUCCUCUUCCUGGCCAACUUGAAGCUCGACAUGCUCCUCCUCCCCGUCCUGGCGCUGUCGGGCUUCCUCCUCUCCAGCUCGCGCUCGACGCUCCUCGCGUCAGCGGCUGCGUCCAUGGUCCUCUCGCCCUUGCCGAGCUCAGAUCUGCUGACGCUGCUCCCCGCGCUCAUCUCGAUCCGCAAGUCCUCCCUGGCAGCGUGGCGCGCCCAUCUCUCCGCGAUCCUCCUGAACCAAGCCUCGCGCAAGAUCUUCUACUUCCUCCUCCUGAACCUGUCGUACAUGUUCGUGCAACUGUUCUAUGGGCUGUACACGAACUCGCUCGGCCUGAUCAGUGACGCGAUCCACAUGCUCUUCGACUGUCUUGGCCUCGGCAUCGGCUUGUGGGCCAGUGUGGCAAGUACGUGGCCCGCGGACGCGCGCUAUACCUUUGGCUAUGGACGCGUGGAGACGCUGAGCGGCUUCGGGAACGGCGUGUUCCUCAUGCUCGUGUCCGUGUUCAUCAUCUUUGAGGGCGUGCAGAGGGUGUUCAACCCGCCUGAGAUGGAGACGAGGCAGCUGUUGUUGGUUAGCAGUGUGGGGCUGGGCAUUAAUCUGUUUGGCAUGUGGGCGACGGGGGGACAUCAUCAUCAUGGCCACGGGCACGGGCACUCGCAUGGGCAUGGCCACGCGCACGCGCACGCGCACGAGGUGCAUGAGAAGAAGACGGAUGACCAUGGACACGGGCAUGGCCACGGGCAUGGCCAUGGACAUGGACACGGGCACGGGGCCGAGUGUAAUGGGCACGACCACGGACACGGCAAUGGCCACGCGCACUCGAACGGUCAAUCCCACCAGAGCCACGACCACGGUCACGACCAGAGCCACUCUCACUCCCACUCUCACUCCCACUCCCACUCCCACUCCCACUCCCACGGGCACAGCCACGACCACGCGCACAGCCACAACAUGCACGGCGUCUUCCUGCACGUGCUCGCCGACACGCUGGGCAGCGUCGGCGUGAUCCUCUCCACCCUCCUCAUCCGCUACACCGGCUGGACGGUCUGGGACCCUUUGGCCUCUUUGUUCAUCGCGCUCCUCAUUCUCGCGUCCGUGACGCCCCUCGUGCUCGAAUCUGGGCGCGUCCUCGCACUCGACAUUGGCGACGACGCCUCUGUCCGACGCGCAUUGACAGAGCUGAAUACGUCUGGAGUCGACUUCUCAGCGCCCAGGUUCUGGCAGGACGUCAAUGGCCUCCGUGGGUCUUUGCACUUACAGCUCCAAGGGAGUAGGUUGGGGGUCGAUAGAAUGAAGGGCAAAGUGAGGCAGGCGCUGGAGCCGCUCGGUCUGAAAGAACUCGUCAUCCAGGCCGAAGGCGACAGGUUCUGUGAUUGCAUGACGGGAUAG